ACAGUCAACUGUGUUCUAGACAGUUGAGUUCAAAAAGGUGAGGCGGCGAGAUCGAAUCAAGCGGAGCGGAGCCUACACAUGGCGAUGGCGCUGCGUCGGCUGCUGCUUCCUCUCCUCCUCCUCGUACUCUUAGGUCUGCGGCCGCAGAGCUGCGUCGCCAGUGGCGGAGGUGGAGGGGAGCCGGCGGAGUUCGAGAUACCUCGGGACGGGAGCGUGCUGGAGCUUGACGAGAGCAACUUCGAGGCGGCGGUGCGCGCAGCCGAAUUCCUCUUCGUCGACUUCUACGCUCCCUGGUGCGGCCACUGCAAGCGCCUCGCCCCGCAGUUAGAUGAGGCUGCUGCAGUGCUAGCUGGACUGAGCACGCCCGUCCUUGUGGCUAAAGUAAAUGCUGACAAAUACAAGAAGCUCGGCUCUAAAUAUGGAGUAGAUGGGUUCCCUACUUUGAUGUUUUUUGACCAUGGAGUGCCCUCGGAGUACACGGGUUCAAGGAAGGCUGAUGUGCUAGUUGAGAACCUUAAGAAGCUUGUUGCACCUGAUGUUUCUGUCCUUGAGUCGGACUCGUCAAUUAACGGCUUUGUUCAAGCAGCUGGCAUCAAUUUUCCAUUGUUUAUUGGGUUUGGAAUGGAUGAGUCAUUGAUUGUUGAAUAUGGAGCGAAGUACAAGAAGAAGGCAUGGUUUUCAACAGCAAAGGAUUUCUCUGAGGAUGUGAUGGUUGUGUAUGAUUUUGACAAGGUUCCAGCGUUGGUUUCUGUUAACCCAAAAUAUAAUGAGCAGAGUGUAUUCUAUGGCCCGUUUGAAGGAACUUUUCUGGAAGAUUUUAUAAGGCAAUCCCUACUGCCUGCAACUGUGCCCAUCAAUAGAGAGACAGUAAAGCUAUUGAAAGAUGAUGGGAGGAAAGUUGUUCUUACAAUCUUGGAGGAUGAAUCAGAUGAAAGCUCUCUGCAGCUAAUAAAAGUGUUGAGGUCUGCCGCCAAUGCAAACCAUGAUUUAGUGUUCGGAUAUGUGGGAGUCAAACAGUGGGAGGAGUUCACCGAGACUUUUGAUGUGAAGGUUUCGCAGCUGCCAAAGAUUGUUGUCUGGGACACAAAAGAGGAGUACGAAGUGGUUGAGGGUUCAGAGAGUUUCAUAGAAGGUGACUAUGGAUCCCAAGUCAGUCGAUUUCUAGAGGGAUAUAGGGAAGGAAGAACAACAAAGAAGAAAGUGGGCCGUGGUUCCCCAACACUGCUCGGCCUUAACGCGGUAUACAUCCUCGUCCUGUUGGUCGCCGUUCUCGUUGUUUUGAUGUAUUUUUCCGCGCAAGGCGAGGAGGAUCAUCAGCCAAGAAGAGCCCAUGAGGACUGACAGCAAUCUGAGAUGGCUUAGAUUCAAGGCGUUGAUCCGGAGGCUGCCGAGUUAUUUUUGAAGGGGGGUAACAUAUAACAUCUGAUGGACAAAUUUUCCUGAUCUUCAUUUCACGUGCCCUAGGGUCGAGUUUUAGAUAUUUGUUGCAGAGCUAUGCAUGAGCUCCCCUGUGUUUCUCUUGAACCCUUGAAGUUUUUGGACUUGUUACUUGAGGACCGGGUUUCCUCAGGUUUAUGUCAUUGUAAUUAUUCGGCACUUUGUAACAUAGCAUUCAUGUGUUAUAUUUGAGACCCUUGGAGAAACGACUUCUAUAGAUUGAACAGC